GUGCUACAAAUCUAAAAUACUUUUAUUUAUAUUUUCGUAUUUCUUGUUGAUAAGAUAAAACAAUAGUUAUUUUCUUCUUAAAAGUAGCAAGUAUACAGUAGUAUUUGUUGUCUUCAAUUGAGUGUGUCAUAGAUUAACACAAUUGUCUGUGAAUCUUCGUUUACAUUUUUUAAUCAAGACAGAUAUCUUAUUCUUAAAUAAUGGUUUGUGUACCAUGUGUGCUUGUGCCAUUGUUGCUCUUCUUAUGGGGUAUUAUCAAGCCUAUGUUAAACUGGUUCAGAACACCAGUUGAAAAUUCUGAAGACCAAAAUAAUGCUGGCGAUGAUCAAGUUUGCUCAUUGCUAUCAUCCUGCCCGUGCAUUAAUAAAAACAAAAAGUCAACCGAGGAUCAAGUAAACAAGACAAACACGAGUGAAACAUCACUCAAAGAACCACUUGAAACAUCUGAUACUGAUAAAAAGAAUCUUUAAACAUACAUACUAUUACAGUAAUUUAUUAUAAGAAUGAAUUUUGUUAUAAUUGUGAUUGAUUGAAUUAUUUUGUGGUUUUAUUAGU